UAUGAGCAGUAUCCGGAGUUCUGCUGUCUUUUGAACGCUUCCGCUGUGAAGUUAGGUGACAAUCUAAAGUGUACGAUUCUGUCGAAAUCACCGGACGCCUGUAAAGUGUCCCUGGAGAAUGUGGAGACCGGGGCUUCGGUCGGCGAGGGCGAAGUCUCGCGGUGGCUGCCCACUGUCGAAUACCCGCAGAAGGUGGCAGUUAAUAAUACUAGUAUAAUUCAGCCACAAAUCCCCGAAGUGCCUCGGCCCGAUGUAGUGAACAACUCGAAAGUACUACUUGUGGACGCGACCGCUAUAGAUAGAGCCUUCGUACGACCGGCCGAUAUCGAGUCCCAGAAGAAGUUCGACAACGUGUUACAGGACGUUGUGUUAUACGGCAGAAAUGCUUCACCUCUUAAAGAGCCUCCAGCAAAGGGUCAAACGGUUAUUGGCAAGUUCUCCGAUGGACUACAUUACAGAGCUCUCUGCAAGCGGACAAACGUAAAACAGAACAAGUAUUUGUUGGAGUACAUCGAGUUUGGUAACAUCGAAAUCACACCCCUGGAGAAUAUAUACGAGUGUCCAUCAAAUUUGUCACUAUCAACGUUACCUUCUGAAGUGUCACUCGUCACUAUGCAGUGCAAAUGCAACUCUAAUGCAUUAACACCACCCGCUGUUGAAUAUUUGGACAAACUGAAGGACGGUUCUAUUGAACUCAAUUUGACAAUACCGUCUGGAGCGAAGACCGCUGCCAGCGGUAGCGCGGUUUGUUUGACAUUAGUGAAGAAUAAUGAAUCUGUCAAUAGGAAAAUUGAAGAGAUGUGCACGCCCGAGUGGAAGAAGAUGGAGGAGAGGGGGGCGGAUGUGGUCGAAGCAGAAUGGCUCAUGUACAGCGAUCUGGAAUAUCUAGAACUACCCGCGAAUGGAUGUAGUCUUGAUAUACUGGAUGUGUCUGCUAUAACUGCGGGCACGUUGUCUGUCUGCCAGCAAGGAUUACCACACGCUGCGAACAUACUGACGGAUCUAACACGAAGGAUGGGCGAGUAUUGUGACAGUGAAUUGGGCAAGGAGCCAUAUUUGCCUAAAAAUGAAGAGUUGUGUAUAGCACGCUGCCCACCUUAUCCGCAGUGGUUCCGCGCUGUACUAUUGACUCAUAGUCCAGGGGACGAUACGGCUAACGUCUGCUACUUGGAUUACGGUAACAUCGAGUCUGUUCCGGUUUCCAUGCUCAGGAAGAUGCUGCCAGAGUUCGUUCGUGGACAGCCGGCGUUGGCCACACACGUCGAGAUCAGAAAUUUCCCAAAACAAGUGACCGAAGAAAUGCUCUGUCGGGCUGUAAAAUAUAUGGAGAUCAACGAUGAGGGCAGAGGAAAGCUCACGGUGGUCAGUUGUGAGAAACAGGAUCCUGGAAUGUAUAUGGUGGAGGCACCAGGUCUCAUAGCGGCCAUGUUGGGGAAAUAGUGAUCUGUGCUCGUUCAGUGACGUUAACAAGUUUCAAGUGUAUUGUGAAAGAAACUUGUGUUGUGUGGAAAUGUGAAGAUCGUGGACUCAUUUAUUAAUAUUAUUCAAUAGUUUAUGACCAUAGACCAGAGUGGGUAGAGUUGUUUUGUGUACUUGCCAUAUGUUAGAAUAAUAUGGAUAUUCCCUGAAUCCCGGGGUUUGCUUUUUAAGCAGAAAAACAAUAAGAACUAUUCACAAGGGUAUAAUGAAAUAAUAAACUUUCUCUCUGACAGAUAAGUAUAAGGAGGAUGGGUUUAAAUUUAAGGAUAAUAUAAUAAAUAGAAACUUGAUUCAU